AUGGGGGCGCGCAGCAGGAUGAAAAUAUUGCGCGUUCAGGGUGACAAAAAAAAAAUCUCACGCGCUGCGGAGUCUGCGCAUUUCUCGUCAUUCCGAACUUUCGGGAGAGGGAGAACCUCCGAGGAAAGAACAACGCCAUCUUUUUUUCCAAACCGGUGAGGAGAGGAGCAGGCAGCGGGAGAGCCAUGUCAGUCGCGCCGGCCACGUGGCGCGAGGAGGACGAGGAGUUUAGGGUAGGAGAAGUGAAAGGAGCGCUGAAACCCAAACCCAGGUUCUCCUACCAUGAGAUCAAGACGCUUCUGGAUGCAGUGAAGAGGAACAGAUUCAUCCUCCUGAGGAAGUUUAACCAGGGAGUGUCGGCAGAAUCCAAGAAACAGACCUGGGCUGAAAUCACCGAUCAGGUCAACGGUCUAGGAGAGAAUUACAGAGAGGUACGUCAGAUUAUGAAGAAAUGGACAGACCUGAAAUGUGACGGAAAGCGCCGGAUCGUGGCCCUGCGGGGCCCCAACGGCAUGAAAUUUAGGAAGAAGAAACUGGGCCCGGUGGAGAAGAUGGUCCACAAAAUACUGAUGAUGAGUCCAUCAAGAGAUGGAAACAGCGAUCCAGACCUGAGUCAAGAUGAAGAUUUUUCUAAUUCCUUCUGGAAAGGUCCGACUUCGUCAGCGCCGCCCUACUCCUACCUCAGCAUGAAUGAGAACUCCCAGUCCUUUCCAGAAGGCUUCUCCAUUGACCUUUCACCCCUGUCUUCCCCAGAGAAAGAACUGGGUGAUCCUCUCCAGUCCUCUUCUGACUUCGACCUGGCAGAAGACGGAGAGCAAACGAUGGAUUUUGGUGAAAACGACGACUCCAUGUUCUCCUCCUUCCCUCCCUCUGCUCCACCUCCCUCCACCUCCCACGACCUGCUGCCUAGCAACUCUCUGCUGAGGAUUAGACCCAUCUACACGUACUCCAGAACCAACCAGAACCAAAACCAGAACUCUGCCAAAUUAUCUCCUGGUCCCUCCUCCACUGCUGCGCCUCCCUCUUCACAGUCCCUCACAGGCUCCACUGUGACUCCCUCCUCUCUCCCCCCUCCCCCCUCUUCUCUCCCGCCUCCUCCCUCCCCUCUCCCCCCUCCUCCCUCCUCAGCUACAACCAAUGGUCUGAUUUCUCUCCCUGCAGCCUCCUCUAACUCCAUCCCUCCUCCUCCUUCCACCAGAGCUCCUUCUGCCCCUCCCCCCUCCUCGUCCUCUAACCCCACCGACCCCCUUCCUUUGGGGUCUUCUCAGCGCCGGUCCCAGGAGCAGGUGGCCCAGUUGUCCUCCCAGAGCCUCCAGCAGCAGCGGGCCAGCCGGAUGCUCCUGACCUCGGUGUCCCAGUCCCUGGAGACGCUGGCCCAGUCCGUCCAGCAGCUGGUGGAGAGCCAGCAGGAGUUUGUCCAGGAGUCUCUGCUGCUGCAGAGGGAGACGGUGGACAUCCUGAGGGAUUUCUCCAGCACCGCACUCAGGAUGCUGCGGGACAAGACCACCACUGGACCACCACAGACAUGUCCUCCUCCUCCUCCUCCUCCUCCUCCUCUUCAUCACCUUCCCACACCACGAUUCUGAAACUGAUCAGAAACUUGUAGGUUUUAAAUGGGGGGGGGGGCUCAGUCCUGCUGAAUCCCAUCUGGACGUUUAUCUUCAGACCCUGCUGCUGUUUGGAGAUGGAGACUUGUCUAAUCUGACUGUGAACUCUUAAGUUGUAUCUGAUCAUCAGAACCAGACCAACCAGGAGAAGGCCCGGAUCAGUCCCAAGCCUAACCAGCAGCCACGUCUGGAGUGAACGCCAUGCACAGGUUCACCUGAGACUAGCGCUGAAGCAUAGCUGUAAUCUGAGCCGUCAGAUUAUCGGUCUAAAUGUUUCCAUCUGUGCGUCUCCAGCUGUUAAACCGACUCGUUCAGGAAGUUCUCGUUAGUUCAUAAACGGUUCAGUGUCGGCUCGUUUAACACUAAUAACAAUAAUGAUUUUAAAGUGUUUUGGAGGAUUCGGUUCUGGACCAGCCGGAUUACCGGUUCUAGUUUUAAUCGCACCUGUUAAACAUUAAUAUUUCAGCAAACUCUCCUGAUGCUUAAAGAACAAACUGCUGCAUAGAAUCCUGUUUUUAUUUAAGAAGUGAAACCUAAUAAAUUUAAAGUGAUUGGUCAUCCUG